AAUAAGUUGGUUUGAUCGGACGUGUUGAUGCGUUUUUGUUUUAUCUCUUCUUCUGCUACCUUGCGAAGUAAAUGUUUCCAUCUUUUACCCAUCAAGAGUAAUAAAUAUCCAUCUUCCCGAAUAAUUGUCUCAUCAUCUACAUGAGGGCAAACUACUUAUUUCUCACCAGCUUGUAGGAUUCACUGUCAAAGUGACCCAAGAGUCAUGUUUGGAUUUGGUGGGAAAAGGGAUGAGGAUGAGAAAGAUGGUGCAGAGCCAAGUCAAGUGGAUCUCUUCUCUCAGGCAUUGGAGCAGUUGGCAGCGUUCUCAGCUCCUGAACCAGAGAAAGAGGAAAAACCCAAGCCAGUUGUUUCCAAGAGCACCCAACCUGUCAUUGCCAGUACAUCAUCUAUAAUGACUAAAACAUUUAACGCACCAGUAAGCAAUGCAGCAACAUCUACUGUGACGAUUCAACCUGAUGCUAGUUAUACAGUUAGUCGUGGUGGCAUUCAAAUUAAACAGGAAGUGCCCAAACAAUUUCAAACAGAGUUUUUAAACUUUUCUAAUUCUGACAACAAACCAAAGGUCCCACAAGUCAGUAUGUUGUCAGGUGUGAGCAGUAAUUCUCCCAUGAUUCGAACUGUUGCCAAACCAAUAACUGUUGUGCCUCAAAUAGCACAAGAUUCAGGCGUGAGUAUAAACCAAGUUAGACUUGUGAAAGACCCAGUCACAGGACAGGUGAAAAAGAUUGUGACUGUGAACCGUAGCCAGCUUCAUAAUUUGCAAAUGCAGCAGCGUACCAGUGGAUCAUCUUCACCAAUUCUGAUGACGCAACCCAAGGUGAUAUCAAAUAAUGGUUUUCCCAAAUUAGCCAGUGUCCCAACUCCUGUUGUGCAACCUCUGACCAAUAAGGAUGUGUCACGACUUUGGCUAAAUGAUGAUAUCAAGUUGAAACAAGUGCGGGGAAUGACGCCUCCUGGCAGCUCAAUGAUGGAACAAGUGCCAGUUGAGGAAGAGGUUGAAGCUGAAGAGGAUGAGUUGGGAGUCUCGGAGACAUACUCGGAUUACAUGCCAACAAAAUUGAAGGUUGGUUUCAAGCAUCCUGAUCCAGUUGUGGAGACAAGUUCCCUGUCAAGUGUGGAACCUCCUGAUGUCCGCUACAGACUCUCCAUCCCUGAGAGUGUGAUUGACAACUGCCAGUUAUCUGCCCUGCAGCUCGAGGCCAUCACAUAUGCAUGUCAGCAACAUGAAACCUUCCUACCAAAUGGGGAUCGAGCAGGAUACCUUAUAGGAGAUGGUGCUGGUGUAGGUAAAGGUCGUACUGUUGCUGGUAUCAUUUAUGAGAAUUAUUUACUGGGACGCAAGAGGGCUUUAUGGUUGAGUGUGUCAAAUGACUUGAAGUGUGAUGCAGAACGUGAUCUUUCUGAUAUCGGUGCUGGUCGAAUUUAUGUUCAACCUCUCAAUAAGCUGAAGUAUGCCAAGAUCUCCUCAAAGAUAAACAGCAGUAUCAAGAAGGGUGUCAUCUUUUCCACAUACUCCUCUCUGAUCGGCGAGAGCCAGUCGGGCGGGAAAUACGGUACAAGAUUGAAACAGUUACUCCACUGGUGCGGUGAAAAUUUCGAUGGGGUGAUCAUAUUUGACGAGUGUCAUAGGGCGAAGAACCUGUGUCCCACUGGCUCAUCUAAACCUACUAAAACUGGUCUCAAGGUGCUCGAACUUCAGAACAGACUGCCAAAAGCAAGGAUUGUCUAUGCAAGUGCUACAGGUGCAUCGGAACCUAAGAAUAUGGCUUAUAUGGUCCGACUUGGUUUAUGGGGUGAGGGGACGCCUUUCCGAGAGUUGAAUGAUUUCUUACAGGCUGUUGAGAGAAGAGGGGUAGGAGCCAUGGAACUGGUGGCUAUGGACAUGAAGUUAAGGGGAAUGUACAUUGCCAGGCAGCUAAGUUUCCAUGGUGUCACAUUCAGAAUAGAAGAGGUUCCAGUUCCCAAGGACUUUACUCAGGUCUACAAUGAAGCAGUGAAUGUGUGGGUUGAGGCGAGGCACAGUUUCCAGACAGCUGCCAAUAUGAUUGAUGCUGAACCAGGGAUGAGAAAGAACAUGUGGGGCCAGUUCUGGUCAGCUCAUCAACGCUUCUUCAAGUACUUGUGCAUCUCAGCCAAGGUGCCUCACCUGGUCAAGUUGGCUCGGGAGGCGGUCAAGAAUGGAAAGUGCAUCGUGAUUGGUUUACAAUCAACUGGGGAAGCGAGAACUCUGGAGCAGUUGGAGGAAAUGGGAGGAGAACUCAAUGAUUUUGUCUCAACUGCAAAGGGUGUGCUGCAGACACUGGUGGAGAAGCACUUUCCAGCUCCGACCAGGAACAAGUUUCUUGAUCUGUUUUUGGGUGGUCCGAGCUUGUUUGAUGAUAUAGACAUCCCUUCUCCUGGUAGUGGGGGUGUCAAGAGGAAGGCUGCAUCUGAUCGAAAGAUGCAAGCAGCCAAGCGGUUCAGGGACAUUGAUGAGAGCAGUAAUGGUAACAGAUUUGGCUCAAGCUCAUCUGACGAGAGUCAGGAUGAUGAAGAUGACAGUAGUGAUGACCUCGAGGGUGACUCGGAUGAUUCGGAAUCUGAGGUGGAUGACGAGUUCAAUCCAUUUGGGGCUGGCUCAGAUAGUGACGAUAGUGACCCAUGGUUGAAGAAAUCUGAGAAGAAACCAAAAGUGAAGAAACAGAAAAUCAAGAAAGAGAAGAAGAAAAAGGAGAAGAAGAAGAAGAAAGAAAAGAAGGUGAAGGACGAGGACGAGGAAUUCGACACCCAGUUGAAGGCAGCUGGACUCAUGGGGCCUUCUUACCAGGAUGAGAAUAGUAAAUCAUCGCUUGUUGGGCUCAGUGGGACUGUUGUGAAUACUAGACCCUCUGAUGGUCUCACCGAGGAGGAAGCCAGGCAGAAAGCCAUGGAUAUGAAACAGGACUUGCUGGAUAAAAUUGACCAUCUUGGUGACAAGUUACCUCCUAAUGCUCUUGAUGAAAUUAUUGAUUUGCUUGGAGGACCAGACAAUGUGGCUGAGAUGACAGGUCGUAAGGGUCGAGUGGUCAGCACAGAUGAUGGUGUUCAAUAUGAAUCAAGGCGAGAGUUUGACGUCCCUCUUGAGAUUCUUAAUCUUACUGAAAAACAGAGAUUCAUGGAUGGAGAAAAGGACAUAGCCAUAAUAUCUGAAGCGGCCAGUUCUGGUAUCUCUCUCCAAGCUGACCGCCGAGUGCGAAACCAGAAGCGUCGUGUUCAUAUCACACUAGAGCUGCCGUGGAGUGCUGAUAGGGCCAUACAGCAGUUUGGUCGAACGCAUCGGUCGAAUCAAGUCAGUGCUCCAGAAUAUGUGUUCAUGAUCUCCGAGUUGGCCGGUGAACGAAGGUUUGCUGCGACAGUGGCAAAGAGAUUAGAGAGUUUGGGUGCAUUGACACAUGGUGAUCGACGAGCUACGGACAGCAGAGAUUUGAGUCAGUUCAAUAUUGACAACAAGUUUGGCCGUGCUGCUCUCGAGUCUGUGAUGAGGUCUGUGAUAGAAAUGGAGUCACCUCUAGUCCCUCCACCCACAAACUACAAAGGAAACUUCUUUGAGGAUUUACGAACUGCUCUCAUUGGUGUGGGCAUGUUGGCUGCUGAGGAACAUUUUGUCCUACCCUCCUUAGAAAAAGAUUACAAUAACAUCAGCAAAUUCCUAAAUCGGAUCUUGGGCAUGAAGGUGGAACUACAGAACAAACUGUUCAAAUAUUUCACAGACGUGUUGGCCUCAAUCAUCCUCCAAGCCAAACGAGACGGAAAGUGGGACAUGGGAAUUCUAGAUCUUGGCGCUGGUGGGGAGAAUGUCAAGAUUAUCAAAGCUCUCACCUUUGUCGGCAGCCAGGCAUCAGGCACUGCCAAGACUACUCUUUACACUGUGGGUGUUGAAAGAGGGUUAUCAUGGGACCAAGCCAUGGAUAUCUGGAGGGAACAUACCGGCAGGGAAGAUGGCUUCUACACAUCGAGACAGGUGAGGAAUGAAAAACUGGCCGUGAUUCUAGCUGUUGCAAUGACAGGGUCCAAAAACAAGAAAAUAUUCACGAUAUAUCGUCCAAACACAGGUCAGCAGCCAAAGACGGAAUCAUUAGAAUCACUGCGGAGGAAGUACAAGAAGGUGAUCCCAGACAUUGCUCAAGAGUACUGGGAUGAACAAUUCACUGCCUCAGCAGUGCACUGUAGCCAUGUGUUCUGGCAUGGAAGUUGCAAGCGUAUUGUGAUAGGUCUACCCUGUGAAGUUGGUCUGCGUAGUCGGACGUUCUACGUACUGUGCGGCUCUGUCCUGAGUGUCUGGAGUAAAGUGGAAUCUGUGUUAGCCUCAAUGCCGUCUGGUAUCCAUUCCAAGAUGCAGAUUGUACGUCUCAGGACAGACGAGGGCAAAAGGAUCGUAGGUUCGAUCAUUCCUGCCAACUGUGUAAAUCCAUUGGUUAACGUUCUGUCGGGGAAGAAUACUGACGAAUCUAAACCAUCACUCCUACCAUUCCAACAGAAACCACCAUCAGUCUUUGGUCCUAGCAGCAGGAACUCCAGUUUCUCAAGUUUUGGUCCUGGCAGCAGGAACUCCAGUUCGUCAAGUUUGGUCUCUGCAUUUGGCAUGAUGGAUAUGCCUCAGUUUUAGGAUAAAAAUUAUAGGGUAUCCUCCCCAGAGUCAUUUCGAAUUGAGUCUUUGUUACGGUAGAUCAUUUAAUUUUUCCGAUCCCUGACAUUGAAAAUCUGUCUAAGGAAUUGAUACUGAUUCUGACAAAGACUCAAAUUUAUAAGACUUAGGCCUAGGGUUGUUUAGACAUCUUCAAAAUGGUCACAAGAGUAAAAGACUACACUUGAGGGAAGUGGUUCCAGUCUCUGUAUGCCUUUAAUUUGCGAAUGAAAAUGUUGAUGUUGGAAUCAGACAUUUCAUGGUAUCCUUUUGGGGAAGAAAAGGGGUCUGAGAAAAAUGUACUCUGUACUCUUGUGAAAUGGUGAAAAUGUUGAUUAUCCCCUUUGGGAAUCCCAUUUGAACUCAAACCGGUGCUACCUACAGAAAACUAAAGCUGAAUUUUGUUAAGAUAGGACGAACUUCAGACAAGGUGAAACACUAAAAGUGUGUAAAGAAUGUGGAAGUGGGAACUACUGUUGAAAUCAUUUUUCUAGAAAAGAGCUCAAUGACAUAAACAACAUGGAAAUUCUGUAAAAAGAACUGUGGGAAAAGUAAUAAUGUGAAGGAUGUGUUUUUUUCGUUUGAAGAUUAACAUUUGUUUAAUUUGGUGCUUUUGGGUGUGAUGUCAAAGAAAAUGCACCUACUUGUCUUUCCUCCUUGGGGCAGACACUGACCUUCAUGUGCCUGUUGAUAUCUGAAACAUUGACGAUAUUGCCAAGCAACUUUUCAGUUUUGUUGUUGAUGUUCACAGCUGGCGAGAACUUAUUACUACUCAAGUAUGUCUCGCUUAGUUCUUUGGUAGUUGAUGGUCCUGGAUACUGUUAGGAUGGUGGGUUUUUCACCAAGCUGAAUUGAGUUCUUUAAAUUUUCUCUACUUGUAAGAAGUUGUAUGCUUGUGUGGAAGUUGUAUUCAAGAGCAGAAAUAUAUGUUAACCUGCCAUUGUUGGUUGUGAAUGUUUCGUUCAACAUAGGAAUGGUUCAAGGUCUAACCCAUCUGCAUUGAGAUUGUGUCAUACAUCACAUGUUUCUCUUGGUAUGGCUUUAGGCUAUUUGAAUUUCUAAAGAAUUGCAAUGUGAGGCUCUUGACUUAUGCACAGGUAGUCGUCAUUUGUGUAAAGCACCACGUCUAUUAGAUUGUUCUAGUAAUGUUGGGUGCCCCUGUAUACAUGUACAUUUGUUUUCAGUCACAACCACCUAAAGUAUCUGUUGGGGGGGAGGGGGUGUCCUUGGUACAUAGCAGAAGGGGGUCAAGAAGUUUUUCUCUGACCCUGUUGGAAUCCUCCUGAGAUAGGAUCACAGUCACGGGAGCAUAAUAUGUGUGUCCUUCAUCAUUGGGGAGUUUUUUGUGUGUUUUUGUCUCAAAUAGGUCAUUAAAAUUAUUGAGAGGAACGUUUUGGCAGAAACUUGUCUCAAAUGCAUUUGUGUUAGUGACUGAUGUGUGACUAUUUCUAAAAGAUUUGUAUAAAAUGAAAGAUUCUUGUUUUGUAUAUUGUUAGCUAAUAAAUCUUC